AUGGCUUCUUCGCACAACUCUGCAACAGUUCGAGGCGGCGCUGAUGAAAUCGCCAGCCAGAAUGAUGCUGCGCAGGUCAUUUCAUCCCAGAAGAAUCACCUGGCGCCCAGCGCCCGGUCCGAUCUACUUGCUUCCAUGCCCUCCAACGAGAACAAUGAGGUGGCCUCGGGUUCUUCCGCCCUCGCCAACAAAGGCAUCGAGAACCGUUUGACCCAAAUCGAGCGAGACAACAAGCACUGGAAGGAGAAUCACCGAGAGAUUCUCAAGUACCAGCUGAGACAGGCAAAGAGUAUCAACAAUGUCACGGCCAGCUGCGCCGCUGCCAAUGAGAACGCAAAGAAGAUCCGCGGCGAUCUCAUUGUGGCCAAGCAGCAGGCGUCUGAGAUGAUCAACGUGGUCGACGGUCGCCACCGAGCUGCCAACGACGAGCUGCGCAAGGAGAUGAUCGAUAGCAAGGCUUACAUCACGAAGAUUGAGAACGACAAUGCUGGCUUGAACAAGGAACUUCAGCAGCUGAAGAGCGACAAGGAUGAGCACCAGAAGGAGUUGGACAAAACUCGCAUUCGCCAGGAACAGUCUGACCAAAUGCUUCUGGGCAUCAUCGCUGUUCUCGUCGCUAUCGUCGCUGUUCUGGCUUGGGUUAUUCUUCGUUGA